CAAUAUGUUGGUGAAAUUAAAGGUGGCCUGAGACCCUCCAUGAAACUCACAGUCAUAGGGGUGGUACAUUCCAACCCCAAGAGCUUUUCAGUGACUCUGCUCUGCGAUCCAGUGGAUGCAAACAAAGAUGUUGGGCUGUUAUUUACAGUUAACUUUAGUGACAAGUCCAUCACACGAAAUGCACGAAUUGCUGGGAAAUGGGGAAGAGAAGAGAAAACUAUUCCUUACUUCCCGUUUACGGCAGGUGACACAUUUAAGAUGGAGCUCCUAUGCGAACACCAGCAAAUACGGGUCUUGCUUGACGGACGGCAGCUCUGUGACUUCACCCACCGCAUUCAGCCCCUGAACUUGGUGAAAGCUUUGCAGAUCACAGGGGACAUCAAGCUUACCAAAGUAGCUUGAAAAAAAGGAGACCACAAAAUCACCAGAGGACAGAAGCAAAUGUACUUUCUCCUGUCUGAUAAAUGCUUUAUCUUUUUCCCCUGGAUGAUUCUGGAGAGUGGCAACUGUACAUUUUUCAUUUUCUGAUGUAUUUGAAACACACACUUAUUUUCUC